AUGAGUAAUCAAUCGGUAACGCUUGCUGAUAGCAUAAGGAAUAUUCCGCCUGUUACCAGAUUUUUUACAAUAUCUACGGUGAUUGUAUGCUUCGCUAAUUCGUUAAAGAUUAUUCAACCACACCAAUUAAUAUGUUAUUUACCGCUAUUCAUAGACACUUUUAACGACACUUCAAAAGUCAUAAGUAACUCGAAUAUGAUGGGUAUUUUUGGCGCUGUUGUGGAGCUAUUAGCACAGAGUUAUAGAUUUUUUACGUGCUUUCUAUUACCCCAGGGCUUAUUAACUGAUCAACCUUUCCAUGCCAUAUUGGAUAUCUACUUUUUCUAUACGUUUGCCAACCACCUUGAGUCUCAUACGGGUAAGUUCCGUCGUAAUUUUCCUGACUGUCUUUGGUUUACGUUGGUGACUGGCACUAUUGUUGUAUUACUAUCGUUACUUUACAAUGCGAUCAUAGAUAUAAACCAUUUUCCAGUUCAUCACCAAAUGAUACUUUCAUGUGUAACAUAUAUUUGGUCUCGCUCGCUGAAGAACUCGUUAAUAAAUUUCCUUGGGUUGGUUCCAAUCAAAGCAUACUACUUGCCACUUUUCAAUCUUUUUUUCAAAUUGUUGAUCAGUGGUUACUCUUCGUUUUUGGAUUCUGCAAUAGGUAUUUUCAGCGGUUACUUAUACCAAUGCUUCCAAUCGGAUACAUUACCAAUUUACAACCUAUUCCCAGGCUCAUACGCAAAGUAUCUAACUUCGAACAAAGACGCAAAUGGUAGAAGAGUGGGUCAGUUGAACAAUAAUUUUGCGAGCUUGGACCAGUCAAUUACUACAGCUGGCAUUGAUUUUAUAGAAGAUUCUAUUUUUGACAAGGGCUACCUUAAGGCACCAAUUUGGUUAUAUAAUUUGUUGAACUACCCAACCAAUAACUCCAAGAGAACGACUGCUUUUUACCCACGCCCAGACGCUGCGUCAAAUGUCUCCCCUAGAAGUCAUUUGGACGUAAAUGAGAACACGUCUACUGAUAAUUUAGGGUCCGGUACAUCCACCGGAUAUUCGUGGUUCGGUCAGGGUAAUGAAGCUUUCAAAGGAAAAGGGUACCGUUUAGGUGACUGA